UGCAUAAAAAUCCUCUCCCUGUCGCAACGGCAACAAACGGUACCGGAGGUUUCCUGACAGCAACUAAUAACUAACAAAAGAAGGUAAAGGACAGAGGAUCAUGUUUACAUCGACCCUAGCCCUUCUGGGCCUCAGUCUGGGACUUGUGGCUAAUGCUUUCCCCACCCAACAGUCUGAAAACGGGAAGAACUGGGUGGUGAUUGUCGCUGGCUCCAAUGGCUGGUACAACUACCGACACCAGGCCGACGCCUGCCAUGCGUACCAGAUUGUCCACAAGAAUGGCAUUCCUGACGAGCAAAUUGUCGUGAUGAUGUAUGAUGACCUGGCGACCAAUGAGCAAAACCCCACCCCAGGGGUGGUGAUCAACCGACCCAAUGGGACAGACGUCUACAAGGGAGUCCCCAAAGACUACACUGGAGACGCUGUUACCUCUGACAACUUCCUGGCUGUGCUGAAGGGUGACUCUGCCAAUACUAAGGGGGGUUCUGGGAAAGUGCUGAAGAGCGGUCCCGACGAUCAUGUGUUUGUGUACUUCACUGAUCAUGGAGCUCCUGGGCUGCUGGCCUUCCCCAAUGACGAUCUUCAUGUUGCCGACCUCAUGGAUGCCAUCAACAACAUGCGUGAGAACAAGAAAUACGGGAAGUUAGUGUUCUAUAUCGAGGCCUGUGAGUCGGGAUCAAUGAUGACCAAGCUGCCUGCUGACAUCGAUGUGUAUGCCACCACAGCAGCCAACUCUCAUGAGUCGUCCUAUGCCUGUUACUAUGACGAGAAGAGGGAGACUUACCUGGGGGACUGGUACAGCGUCAACUGGCUGGAGGACUCUGAUGUGGAGGACCUGAGCAAAGAGACCCUGAUUAAACAGUUCAAGAUCGUCAGGAGCCACACCAACACCAGCCACGUGAUGCAGUUUGGAAACAAGACUCUGGCCCAUAUGAAGGUGGUAGCCUUCCAAGGUAAUGUCAAUGCCAAGCCUGCCCCCCCCAUGACCCUGCAGCCCGUAGAGGACCCAGACCUGACCCCUAGCCCUGACGUACCCCUGGCCAUCCUAAAGAGGAAACUGAUGAGGACCAAUGACCUCUCUGCAACCAAGAAAUACCUCAGCCAGAUUACGUCACACCUCAAGGUGCAUGAGCUGCUGGCAGAGACCAUGCGCAAGGUGGUAGAGACAGUGACAGGAGGAGAGAUCAUGACCCAGAGGAUCCUGAGUGCCAAGCUGGAUCUGACCCAGCAUCAAUGCUACCAGGCUGCUGUUAACCACUACAAGAUACAAUGCUUCAACUGGCAUAUCACUGAGUAUGAAUAUGCUCUGCGACACCUGUAUGCCCUGGUCAACCUGUGUGAGGGAGGAUACCCGACAGACAGUAUCCUGAUGGCAAUGGAGAGCGUGUGUCACUUCAACUAGACGGAUGUUUCUGAAUGAACACCUCUUUCGGAUCAGGUUGCUGUGCCUCCCACACAGGAGGGUCUGAGAUGACGAGUCUUCUCUUCUUCUCUUUGCACUGACAAGGAAUCAAGUUUGACAAACUUUUUUUUUUUUUUUUUCACACUGCUAUACCACUUUUUCAAAUGUUUGAUUUUAAACUUUUAUUCCCUGGAUUUAUGGAGACAUUUUAAAAAUGUGUUUUUUUUUUAUAUGAUGAAUUGUACGAUCACUGAGCAUUUUGUUUUACUACUCUGAUUUUUAUGAAUAUUUUGAUUUUUUUUUUUUUGGAUUCAGUUUUCUCCCUCUGGUAGAGUGGUGUCUGACAUUUAGUGGGUAUACUGUAAUUUUGCAAAACGGCCCUCCUAGUGAAGGAAAGGCACCCUGUGUGAAAUUCUGAGAAACAGUGACCUACACUCUAAAUGACCUAAAAUGAUGAAACCCAUAUUGGUCUUUUAGUCAGGCUAACCUAAGCGUUACUGUAGAAGUAGGCUAAUAGUAGGCCCACUAUUUCAUAUACCCCCUCCCUUCCUGCACUUUUUAAUACAACAAUUUAUUGAGUUUUUCCAAGUCCAUAACGAUGCUUAAACCACAUCAGACUACUUUUGGGGUGGAGGGGGAUCUAAGAAAUGUAGAUUGAGUGUAGCUAACCUCUUAAUGAAUGCUCAGGCACCUAGCACUGUUUGGUUAGUGAUGUUUCUGUAGCCAAUGGAUUGCUCUCCUUCUGCCAGGGGGGCAUAGCUAGCUUCACAUUUUUAAAUUGAGACUGGUCUUUCCAUCUACCAGGAGACUGUUGGGGGGGCCUGUCAUCAGUGUCGAUAUAGUUUUUCCCCUCUUCAUUAAUUGUUUGAUACCUGGACAUUUUUACUUCAUAUUAUGAGGCAUGUCUUACCUUGACUCAAACUAGCCACAAUCCCAUAGAAACAUGGAAAUAAUUGGGUUCUAUUGGAUUUGUUUUGUUUGUCCAGUAGACAAGUUAUAUUAGCAACCCAUGAUUUAAAAACAAUUAUUAUUUGAACGGAUAUUUCUGUCCCUGAAUGUGUGCAUCAGAGCAUUUUUAGAUUGGUGAUUUCCCGCAAAUUGUAUUAUUUUUUUAAACCUUCGCAUGUAGGCGCUGUGCAUGUUGGCGCACCGACAAUGUGACGAAAUAAUAAAAUGAAUCGAAACGUUCUGGUCUUAUUGAUACGGCGUCUACCUCCACUACUUUGAUAAGCACCGUGGCGAUUUUAAGAAGUGAGUAUAGGCAAUGCCCACAAAAAUAAAAAUGGGUUAAUGAUCUGGACCUGCGUCUGCCCUCCACUACUGCUUGGAUGUUGGCUCUGCGUCAACAUGAGCCCGUUGUCAGAACUGUGAAUGACGGUGUAUUGUGACGUUGCCCCCUAGAUGCAAAACUGACCAAUGAUCAGCAUCCCCCCCCAACACUAAUGUUUAGGAUUGAGAAAAGGGGAGCUGAUCUUAGCUCUGAACCCCACUGGCCUGUAACAGGGUUGGUGCUUGGAGGUUGAAUCCUACCGCGUCAUACUACUUUCACGUUAACCUCCAUGCCGACUCCUGUAAGUACUCAGGAUACUGUUGUCACAGGGAUGUUAAACUAAAACCUUGAUAGUCAGAACAAACUGUAAAGGACUUGUGUUCACUAAAGCGAGACACAAGGUGAAGCUGAGGGGUGAAGCCCACCACAGCCAUGAUUAAAAAUAUAUAUAUAUAUAUAUAACGCAUGGACUCCAGAUUUAUUAUUGCUUUUAUACAACUGGUUACCAGCCUUAAAGCAAGAUUCUUUCCCAAACCAUUUUAAUUUAACAAACCGUGAUGCUAGAUUCACUAACGCUUGUCAAGUGCAAUUUUAGGUGUUUAGUUCUAUUCUCAUUAACUGGAAUUUAAGCAACCUGCAAAGUUCUAGAACUAUGGAAAAACAAUGGUUGCUAUGGAUGCGCAAUCACUACAGACUGAAAGCUGAAAAUACUUCAAACUAGCUGCAUGUGUCUGUCUAUCAUGGGCAGGCUAGACUCUCUUCACAAUAGGGAUUUCUCAACCAACGGUUGUAUAAUAUGAAUUACCAUAGUGGCUCUUUCCAUCUAGUCUACCCCUCCUGUGUCAUAACUUAAGAUUUAAUCAAGAUAUUGACCGACUCAUAAUGGUUCCUCUUCUGUUGGGAGUAAUUUGUCAUAUUAGGAUUACAUUAUAAUAUAUUUUUUUAAGAGUUAAAUGGUGUACCUGGUUUUGCUGAGGAAAGGUAGAGGCCAUAGACUGGAUUAUAUUUGUUUUCUAGCCACCGUAUAUAAUCAAAAGCAAUAGUGAUUAUCUUAAACAAAUUAAAGUUGCUGAAGUUUCUGCAUGACUGUCUGUAAUAAGAUGCCAAAUGGUGCAGAACAGUUUUUAGGAGUGUAGAAGGGCGAGAUGGCCAUGCAGUGGAGGACUAAGGUUUUGAGAAGUAGACUGCGGGAGUAACAGAGCAAACUAGAAUGUAUGUAUGUAUGAAAUGUUCACUCUUUGGAAAUUGAAAAAUAAAACUGACCGUGUUCAUGUC